UUCCCAGCAGGACGCAGCAGCGGAGACCAGCCCGAGCCAUGGACGCCGAGGAGAAACCCCGCGGCGAGCAGGGCGAGCAGGGCGAGCAGGGCGCGCAGCUCCUGGACAUCAGCUCCAGCUCCCCCGCAGCAGCAGCCGCUCAGCCCGGGGGCGAGAUGGACGCGCUCCGGCCCGAGAAGCCGCCCUACUCAUACGUGGCUCUCAUAGCCAUGGCCAUCAGAAACAGCCCGGACAAGAGAGAAACUCUGAGCGGGAUUUAUCAGUACAUCAUCUGCAGGUUCCCCUACUUUGAGAAGAAUAAAAAAGGAUGGCAGAACAGCAUCAGGCACAACCUGUCUCUGAACGAGUGCUUCGUCAAGGUGCCCAGGGAGUGCGGGGGGGACAGGAAGGGAAACUACUGGACGCUGGACCCGGCUUUUGAGGAUAUGUUUGAGAAGGGGAACUACCGGCGGCGGAGGAGGGUGAGGAGACCCUACACGCCCCACGCUGGGGUGUACCAGACCGGGACCCCCGCGGAUUAUUACCCCGAGCAGCAGUACCUGCCGCCCUACGGGAGCGCCAGCUCCUCCUGGGCUCUGCGGGCGAGCGCGUCCCCGCCGGCGGGUUACAAGCAAGCUGAUUGCGCAGUGCAGCCAGCCGCCCCCGGGCAUCUCCCCUCUUACCCUCCCCACUUCCACCAGCACGUCUACGGAGCCUACCAUCACCACCACCACGGGCCGGUGCUGGUGCCCCGCAGCGGAUACCCGUACGGGGGAGUCACCCAGCCCAUGAGCCCGGACGGGGGCACCGUCUCCGUGGCCUGCAACUACCAGCCCUUCACGUCCUACCUGCGGCACGCAGAGGUGCUGUCAAUGUCCGCCUUUUCACCGGAUCAGUAGACUUUCUAUAAUGUCACUGCUCACUCAAAGUUGAUCUCCUUCAUUUCACUUCGGCUAAAGCCUGAAUUAUGGUUCCGCGUUAAAUCGACGCAGAGCCUACGCAGUAUGGUAUGGCGUAGCCUUCGGCGUAGGGUCUGCGUUGAUGUAACGCAGAACCAUAAAUCAGCCUUGAGUCGUUCAUGGUUCAUUAUUUUGGGGUUUACACGCCAGGGGUUGUACAGUUACAAAAGUUAAACAAUACCUGUCAACUAAAUAUACUUACUGUAAGCUUGUCAGGUUCUUUUUGUUAGAAAAAUGUUUUGCUGGCAUAGUGAUGGCUACGUUCUUGUGUAAUUUUUUAUAUAUAUAUGUUCUUCUAUGCCACGUUAUUUAUUGUUUUGUGUAUAUUUGAGCUGCUACAACAAUUAAUGACACUGACGCACUGCCCAGUUUUUUAUUCGAUUCUGAAUGUUUACUUGAUGUAAAGUAGCUUACAUCAUAUUUGUUCAAAUAAAAUGUUAUUUUUGCAUCCGAUUGUGUAAUUGAUUGACUCAAACAGGUGUUAUUAUUAUUAUUAUUAUUAUUAUUGGCCUA